GCCGUUUUAUCAACAUAUCUUAUCUUAGCGGAUCUUAUCUUAAAUCCCUCACUUACGAUUUCAUUUACGAUCCGCUAAUACCCGUUUUAUGAACGUUGUCGUAAGUAUCGAGUCGCAGCUAAGAUUUUAGCUAAGCGUACGAUCUGAAAUAACGCGAACCAGUCAAAAACGUCAUCACUCGAUUUCCCGCGUUAUGUCAAAGUCGUCUGUUGUCAUAACAAGCAAGAUGGCCGACAAAAUGAACAAGGGGAAACGAAAGCCCAAUUGGUCGGAGACGGAGAUCGCCUGUUUAGUGCAGGCAUGCACGGACAAUAACUCGUUAUUGGUCAGUAAAAUGACUAUUGAAGUGACGAACAAGAAAAAAGAAGAGUUCUGGGCGGACACCUGUGAGAAAGUGAACAGCGUUGGCUUGAGCAGCCGCGAAGUUGACGAAAUAAUAAAGAAGUGGACGGACCUUAAGAGUCAAGCGAAAAAAAAAGAAAAGAACAGGCGGCGGGAAGCGAGUCUAACAGGAGGCGGCAAAACCAGCAUCUGUCUCACAGACUGGGAGCAGAAGAUAGUAGCCAUUCUACCAGAAGAAACACUGGUGGGAAUCGACGGUGGAUUAGACACGUUUCAGUCCAGUUCAUGCUCUAAACAACAAGCAUGUGUUGACGAGGAAACCUCAAGCAUUUCAAUUGGCCACGAGUUGGAAGAUGCGCCAAACAGCCCGUGUGAGGCCAAAUCUGAACAGCCUUGUAAGAGAAGAAAGAUAACAUUGUCUGAUGUGCAGCUAGCACAAUACACGUUCUUCAUUGAACAAACAGAAACAACCCGGUUAAAAAGAAAAUUGAUGGAACAACAAAUUCAGACACAAAAGGCUGCGGAGCAGUACUUCAUUGAAAGCAAAAAAAACCUUGCCCAAAAUGUAUUGGAGAAUUUUUUAGAACAAUAGUGUUCCACUUCCUUUGUCCUUGGAGGCGAAGAAAAAUGUACUGUUAUGUUUAUUAGCUAAGUAUUAAAGGAAUAGACUUUA